AUGUCUAACAGGUUUACAUUUUGAGAUGAACCUUUACUACUCCAGUGAGAGUCAGUGUGAGAGCAGCGAAUGACAGUGAUUGCAGAAGUUGCACAAUGCCAAAGCCUCCAGUUCCAACGCCAAGGAAACAGUCUAUCCCUCAAGGCCAGACUGAGGUGACUGGUGAACAGUCAGUUAAAAAUAAAUGCAAAGCAAAACCUCCUCAACUGCCUCCCAAACCUCCCAAAAAAAAGGCUGGCGGGGAAAAUAAAACCGAGGAUGAUUGCUCUGUGAUGGAUUGGUGGCAGGAAAAGAUACCCUGGAGUUCACUGGGAGAAUGCCUCCAGUUUGCAGGGGAGAAAGAAUCAAGGAUCAUCAAAAUUAAAGCUCGAGAGCUUGAGAAAGCUGUUCAGGUUUACAUCUACCUGCUGUCAAAAGACGGCGGCACCCUGAAGGAAUACAUUGUGGAGCUGCUCUCCAUUGCUGACAACUUAGACAAGUUCUCAAAGGGGACAAAGAUUGCGGGUAUUACCGGGGGAGCUUCAACUGUAGCGGGAGGUGUGGCAGCAGCUGCUGGAGUGAUAUUGUCGCCAUUCACACUGGGAGCCUCUCUGGCCCUGACUGCGGUUGGCGUGGGUGUGGCUGCAGCUGGAGGCGUCACUGGUGCAUCAGCAGCUAUCGCCAACAAGGUGAACGUCACUCAAGACAAGAAGAAGAUUGAGAAGAUCUGCAAAGAGUACAAGGACAUCAUGGUGGAAGUAAAGGACUGCUUGAAGUACAUCAACGAGGGCAUGGGGAGCCUAAAGAAGCAUGAUCUGUCCGUUCUGAGUGAAGCCAGGAAGAGCUCGGUGAGGACAGCAAAGAUGAUAGAUCUUGCUGCUAAAGGAGGGGUAGAUUCCAAGGCCAUGGAGGCUAGCAAAGCAUCUGGGCUGAUUGAAGGCUUUUCCCUUGGCAUGGAUUUCUACUUUACCAACGGAAAAGAUGGGCAAAAGCUGAAAAAGGGCCUUGAGUCGAAGUUUGCACUGAACAUCCGCAAACUAGCAGAGGAGCUCAGUGGUGGAUUGGAUGAGCUCAUGCAAAUCAAGGAAUUGUUCAGUGAGCACUGCCCAGAGUGUUAGAGUAAAGUAAAUGUUUUUAAGUCCUUCUGCCUGUCUUUAUGUUCACAUUUAUACAUUAAGUAUGGCAUUUAUGCAUUAAGUUACGGUUUGACAUGUGGUAUUCCUAUGUUAAAAAAGUGAAAAUGAGAUAAACAUAAAGGAAAGGGUUAAAGUUUUUCUGCUGAUCCCCAAGAAAUGUCUUUAAUUUUGUUUGUUUUGUUGACACUGUAUACUGUACAUCCCACUGUUUUUGUAGCUCUGUGGCUUCUGGUUUCAGACUGUUUACUUUGACUGAUAUAAUUAUUGUAUGUACCUCUCCUGCUUUAAAUAUUUGCUGUUCUUUGCUACUUUGCAUGAUGCUCUUGCUAAAAUGUUUUCUUAAACUAAUAAAUCCUUAAGUAUCAUAAAUA